UAAAUUUGUCUUAAUGUGUCAGAAUUCUGACACUUUCAAACAAAAUUAUUAAGUAAAUAAAAAUGAAAUAAACAAAAUGAUCUCACAAGGAUGAACAAUAGUGAAACCGAAACACCUUUCCAACUGAAGCUGUUAUAAUGGAGGACGAAUUCAACAAACUGAUACCAGUGGGCAGAGAUAAUGUGGAGAGUAUCAUUGAUUGGCUAAAAGAAGCAAAAUUCGUGAACGACAACACAGAAGAAGCAGCUAGAGGCUACCUCGGCGGUGACGGCAACGUUGACUUUCCGACCUUUAAAGACGCCCUAGCCUCCAUAGCUAUAGAUACCAACAGAAACGUCAAUGAGCUAUUCAUGGCUUUUAUGAAGUGGUGUCACUGCUACUCCACCUGUAUACCACCGCCUGAAGAGCCUAGUACCACCGUUAAGAAGAGGAGAAUGAGAAUGAAACCUAAGUCUACAAAAGAUGAUUGAGUUAAAGAUUCUGAGUGGGAAGUGGGAGGUUUUAGUCUUGUAUGGCGUGGGAGAGUCGCCACCUAGUGAUAAGUCGGUGAACUAGCUCCGUGCAGAUCUGAGUCGGUUUUCACUGCUCGAUCGGAUUAGAAAAACCUACACUUUGCGCCCCGUGAGACUGUGGAUACAAUUACAGAUAAGGUUAGAUAAAAUAGUCUUUAAAAACGUAAACUUUAAUGCUAUAGUAAAUUACUGUCAAAACAUUCACUUAUGUGUGUAAAAACUUUAUAACAUAUCAAUAUUGGGAAUCACAAUAAAACAAUAAAAGUAUAA